AUGGCACAGAUAAUCCCUCUACACUCCAAGGACGCCACGUGGAUGAAUCGGGGGAUUGCCCUCGAGUUCACCCUUCAGUUUGAUGAUGUUUUGGAUGCAGAGCAUCUCCGUCGGUCUCUCCAACGGCUGAUGGAGAUCGGGGACUGGAAGAAACUGGGUGCUCGUUUACGUCUGAAUCACGGCAAGCUUGAAUACCACAUCCCCGAGAAAUACGAUGCGCAAUGCCCCGGAUUCACGUUCUGCUCUGUCGCGCAUGAUGCACGCUUGGAGGAUUCGUGUGACUCGAACCUGCCACGCAGCACGAAAUCUCCGACCGUGUUUCCCUUUUCGGCGUCGAAUCUCGACCAUCUGCUAUCCAGACCGGAUGCCCCGACGAAGCUCGAAGACUGGAUCUACGCCGACCGCCCACAACUCGACAUCCACGUUGUGACAUUCCACAACGCCACCCUGCUGAAGCUGGCCUGGCUGCAUACAUUCAUGGAUGCCUCGGCGCGGGCCAGCCUGCUCACCGCAUGGACUGCUGUUCUGCGCGGUCGCGAAGACCAAGUCCCUCGGUUCUGUGGAUUCGUCGAUGAUCCCCUGGUGGAUUUGAAUGCGCAGCCGCCGAUGGAGUGGUUCGUGCGGUCGCGGUGGAUGCUGGUCCUUCUGCAAUGGCUUGGGCCGCUGUUGCUGGUCAUCCGGUGGAUAUGGGAAAUGAUUCCACUCCCCAAGCACGAGCACCGAAUGGUCUGUAUUCCGGGGGAGACGGUGACGGGGAUGCGAGAGGCGGCCAUGCAGGAGUUGUCUGCAGGCGAUGCUGACACCGGCGACGCACCGUUUGUGAGUGAAAGCGAUGUCCUCGUGGCGUGGUGGGCGCAGUGCAUCGUCAAGUGCAUCCAACCGGCUGCGCACUCGCCCGUUACGGUCCUGAAUAACUUCAACAUCCGGCCUGCGCUGCCGGAGCGGUUCCCCCCGGGCACGGCGUAUAUCGGGAAUGCAUGGCUGACGGCGCAUACUAUCCUGUCAUCUGGGCAGAUGGUCGAGCGGCCCAUCAGCCAUGUCGCUUCGAAGCUGCGGCAUUCUCUUCUGGGCCAACGCUCGAGAGACCAGAUUGAGUCUUACGAAGCGGUUCAGAAAGAAGGCAUGGCCCGGGCUGGAGGGACACUUGCGUCGGCAAUGGGUCUGUCGGAUAUGUUGAUCCAUUGCUCGAAUUGGCAUCAGGCGAGGUUUUUCAAUGUGGAUUUCUCGGCUGCAGUGGUUGGGUCGGGUGAGAAGACCCGAUCGGGGAAGCCGGUGUUGAUCAUACCGAAUACGAUCUAUCGAUGGCCGAUGCUGCUCAAUCUGGGAUCGGUGAUUGGAAAAGACGCCAAUGGGAACUGGUGGUUGACGUGGCAUUUGAAAAGGGGGGUGUGGAGGGAUAUGGAGAGGCAGCUGCAGAUGUAG